UGGAUGCAGGCUGCCAUUAAAAUCUAAAGAAGAAGAAGCAGCAGCAGCAGAAGAAGAACCGCUGACGUUCUCCAGGCUCAUCCGUUUAAGGCCUAAUGAGCGUGUUUUUCUCCGGAUUGAUCUCGUUUGGAAAAACUUGAAGAUCUGGAGUUUGCUUACAUCAUGUCUCAAUCCACCCAGAACCAGAAUGGACCAUCAGCGAAAAAACUUCCCAAGGGAUUUUCUAAUCCUGGAGCUGCAUCCAGGUUGACUUUUUCUGGUUCUUCAUCUCUUGACAACUACCUGCCAGCUCAAAACACAUCUGAAUCGGAUAAUAAUAAGUUGGUAGACCGUGUCAAACGUGUGGAACAUCGUGGUAUGAACUGGACGGCUUACUUUAGUGAAAGAAAUGAAUUUCCUUCCUCCUCUGCAAGGCCAUCAACAUCCCAUGUAGGUCCUGAUUUUGGUGAUUUCUCCUUGGACUGGCUCCACAUUUUCAAACCAAAUACUAACAACAAUCCACCAGAGUUUCCGUCUGGUUCUGAUGGCAGACUGGAGGUUGUGACUGGUGAACAGAAAGACGACACGCCGUCCAUUCCAGGGUUAGGAGACGAUGAAAACCCAGUUCCAGGCAGAUUUAUUUUGUCGUCUGAGAUCAGUCAUCUAAAACAUACCGGAGAACCAGUCGCUGCGAUUCUUCAGAGCUUCGGCCUCGAAGACGGAUUGAAAAAACUCGACCCCCACAUUUUGAAGCAGGUCAAUCCUGAAAAACUGUCCUGCAUCUUGCAUCCGAUUUUUAGCAAGAUAGAAAUAAAAGGAAAGUCUUCUGAACCCCAACCUAAACUAAAAAGUAUCCUGAAGCCAAGCAAAGUCAGGGACUCUAGUUCUGUAGAUGUAGAAAAGAACAACAAUGGUCGAAAAUUAGAUGAGUUACCACCAGAUAAAGAAAGUACAUCGGCGUUAGUCCCAGAGAAGAUUUCGCUAGCUACAAAGAACAACAAUAGUCGGAUUGUAGACGAGCUACCACCGGAUAAAAAAAGUACAACUGUGUUAGCCUCAGAGAAGACAUCUUUGGCUACAACAGAUAGUGACCCUUCUGAGCGAUUAAAGGAAAAGGGCCCAAUAUCUGCCACACAUAACGUCAUUUCUAACAGUAACGCUGAAAACAAACGGAAAACAACUGAAAAGCAGAAGCCAAAGCAGCAGAAAAACGUGAAACGGAAAUCAGAACUGAAGCUGGACGAGCGUCGACAGAACAAGCCAGUGAAAAAGUCUGAGAAAGGUUCUUCUGUCAAAGCAUCACUCGGCGAAAACUGUAAAGCCCAGAUGUCGAUUUUAAGCAAACUGCCUUCGAUAGUCCGGGAGUGGGUGUUGAAGCAAAUGAAAAUGUCGGAGGGCAAGCAGCCGACGCUUGCCAUGAUCGAAGACUAUAACGGCGUCACGCCGAGGUUGUUUCCCCACCGGUGUUCCCUCUGCAACGUAAUCUGUAAAAAAUUGAGGCGUUGGUUCCUCCACCUGAACGAAACGAACCACGUUGGGAACCGGAUACUCCUGCAGCUGAAAUAUCCUGAGUGGGUUGCUAAGAUCCAACCACUUCCCAGAAAUAAAGAAAAAGAUUCUAAGAGUUUGAAACAGCAAAAGGUAAAAGCUGAUGGUCGCAACAAGGAGUCCAACAACCUGCGGGAUCACCAGAGUCAGAGAUCACGAUCUCGCUCCCGCAGUUCAGGGUCUAAUCAAAGACCGACGGGAAAACGCCGCAGGUCCAGCAUGGUCAGCUCCUCUGGGGAUAAAGGAGAACAGCGAUCCAGAACUGACCCGUCUGUGGGGGGGGAAGCUGAUCCAGAACCAGAAACUUCUGCCAGGUAUACUCCAGAAUCAGCUGCCGAAGUCCUAAACAUGUUUGGACUGGACAAAGAGGACCUAAAAGAACUAGAGUCAUACCCCGAGGAUCAGCUGACUUCUGAAAAUCUACAUCUGGUUUUACGUGAGAUUUUCCUGCGGAAGAAGAAACGAGCUGCAGAAAACCCUCCCGAACCCAAAAACGACAAACCUGGAGGUCCGGAUAAAACGCAUCCUGGUCCUCUAAAGCCAGUUAAAGUGAUUGACUACAGACGUUCUGCUAAUUAUGGUACUGUUAGCGACACAAUAGAAACGACCACUGAGGAUGAUCCAAGUCCCACUGGUAGGAAAGAGUCACCACUGGAAAAAUGCGACAAACCAACACAGAAAUACACCCAGCUGCUCAAUUCUAAAACAGUUAUUCCUCAAUCUGCUCUGAAGCUGAUGUCCAAAUCCAAAAAACCCUGCAGUUCAAAGGUUAAAGGUCAAGAAAAAAGAGUGCAAGUCUUGAAGAAGAAAGCUAAACUGAAGCAUAACAUUAAAGCAACAUGUAAAACUAGGAAAGCUUUACCGUGUGCUGUUUCAUAUGCAAAACUGUCUCCGAUCAAAGUACCGCCUGUUAAGACCUUAAUUUCCAACCAUCUGCCAACACUCGCCAUGAUUAAAGACUAUAUAGGAGUCACGCCGACAAGGUUCCCACACACCUGCUCCAUCUGUAACAAGAAGUGCUUCCACAUGGAGGACUGGCUGUCACACCAGAACUCCAGCUUUCACCUGGAGAGCUGCACAAUCCUCCGGACACAAUAUCCACAUUGGGAUGGGGAUGUUCUACCAAUCCUCAGUGCUGAAGCUGAAAGUCCAUCGACAUUCAGUUCCAUCGACAGUAACCUCCAUCAGUAUUACGGCUCAUUGGGUCGAAGGAGCAGCUCUCGCUCCCGCUCUCGGUCCCGGUCCCGCUCUCGGUCCCGCUCUCGGUCCCGCUCCCGGUCCCGCUCCUGGUCUCGGUCUCCGUCCCGCUCCCAGUCCCGCUCCUGGUCUCGGUCUCCGUCCUGCUCUCGGUCCAGAUCACCUUAUAACCGUAGAUACACCCGCAGGUCUCCAUCUCCUUCUUGGUCUCCACGUCUCAAAAAGCCGUCCUCCCUUCCCUGUCGCUCACAUUCAGGGAGUCAUGACAGACGGUCGUCCUCCGGGAGGAAAGACGGGAAAAUGUCUUCAUCACCCAGACGGAGCAAUGAGAAACAGAAGCUAGAUCAUAAGAGCCGAUUGUCCAAAGAGAGUUCAGGUCCUCGUUGUGAGAAAUCAUGGGGAAGGAAUCUACUACAAAAAUCAGUGGGUAGAAAAAUCCAGCAGUUUUACUCAAGGAAAACGGCACUUGACAGGAUUUGUUCGACAUACUCUUCGCCAUCCUGCAGUGACGCCAAGCUGGAGCAAGCAAAGGAGCUGGACACGAAGCCCCAUAUUAAAGGGAAGAAGAACAAUGCUGGCAAAUCUGUGUUGGAUCGGUGUUGAGGGGAGGGAUUAAUACAGUUAUUUUUGUGUUUUAUAACGAAGAGUUUAAUAAAAUAUAUGUGUGAAAGGAU